AUGGAGGACGAAAAUGAGUAUAAGAAGUUGCCGACUGAAGAUAAAUGUGUGCACAAGCUGUGGAAGGCCAGAUUGGCAGGCUACGAGGAAGCAAUUAAGCUCUUUAAUCAAAUUGAUGAUGAGAAGUCACCAGAGUGGAACAAGUACUUGGGACUUAUUAAGAAAUUUGUAACUGACAGUAAUGCUGUGGCACAGGAAAGAGGUUUGGAAGCAGCGCUAGUAUUUGUAGAAAACUGUGGUCAUGCAGGUAAAACUACUGGCGAAGUUAUGUCAGGAAUUGUCUCAAAAUGCAUUGCAGCACCUAAGACUAAAACUAAAGAUCUUGCACUACAGAUAACAUUAAUGUACAUAGAAAUUGAGAAACAUGAAGUUGUAGAAGAAGAAUUGAUCAAAGGCAUGGAACAAAAGAAUCCUAAAGUGGUUGCAGCAUGUGUCACUGCUUUGAACACAGCUCUUAAACAAUUUGGUAAUAAAGUUAUUGCAAUCAAGCCAAUGGUUAAGAAGAUCCCAGUGUUGCUAGCUGAUAGAGAUAAAACAGUACGAGAUGAAAUGAAAGCAUUGGUUGUCGAAAUGCAUAGAUGGAUUGGUGGUGCAAUAGAACCUCAUAUAGCAUCUCUGCAGGCUGUAAUUCAACAAGAAUUGAGAGAAGCAUUCGCUGGCACUGGUGGAGGAGCACAGCCUACCAGAUACUUGAGGUCUCAGCAGAACAGGGUCAGAGAUACACCUGUCGCUGAUGCUGUUGAUGGAUCAGUAGAAGACGAUGAUGCUGAAACAGGCUGUGGUGACUCAGGGGACAUGGACCCAUAUGACUUAAUGGACCCAGUGGAAAUAAUAUCAAAACUUCCAAAGGAUUUCUAUGACAAGCUAGAAGCAAAGAAGUGGCAAGAGAGAAAAGAGGCAUUGGAUUCUUUAGACAAUUUACUUAAGAAUGCACCCAAAUUGGAACAUGGAGAUUAUGCUGAUCUUGUCCGAGCUCUGAAGAAGGUUGUAUCAAAAGACACAAACGUAAUGCUUGUGGCACUAGGAACCAGAUUAUUGGGCAUGGUGGCAACCGGUUUGCGGAACAAGUUCCAGCCAUACGCUGUGUCGUGUAUACAGGCUCUUCUUGAGAAAUUUAAGGAGAAGAAACCUAACGUUGUUGCUGCUUUGAGAGAAGCUAUUGAUGCAAUAUAUCCUUCUACGAAUCUCGAAGCAAUAAUGGAGGAUAUGCUUGCCGCAUUCGAUAACAAGAACCCUUCUAUUAAAGCAGAGAGCGCUACUUUUCUAGCAAGAGCCCUGUGUCACACACAACCAGCUGCGUUCAACAAGAAACUUAUUAAGGCUUACGUAGGAAGCUUACUCAAAUUGCUUGAAAGUGCUGAUCCGGCUGUAAGAGAUGCAGCAUCAGAGGCGUUAGGCACAGCUACUAAACUCGUUGGCGAGAAGAACAUCGCACCGCAUAUUGGCAAACUGGACAAUUUGAAAGAACAAAAGAUUAAAGAGUUUGCUGAUAAGGCUGAAAUAAAAGUAAAAGUAUCAGCUCCUAAGAAAGAAGUAAAACCUAAAUCAGCGGGGCCUGCUGCGAAGGGAGACGCGAAGACGACAGCUGGUUCUUCACAGCCGAAACCAGUAAAACGGCCACCAUCAACCACCAAGACUAAGAAGCCAGUCACUAAGAAACCAGCAACCAAAACUCAAAUAACUCCACCCCGAGAACAGGAACUAUCACCAGAAGAGGUGGAUGCUCAUGCUGAGGUUUUGUUUACGCUUGACAUACUAAAUGGUCUCGUGGACGGUAACUGGAAAAACCGUCUCACCGCAGUGCAGUCAUUCCACUCCACUAUACAAGGGUUUAGCACGCAAGACACCAACGCACAAGUGUUAUACAAGGUGCUCAAUAAAAAACCUGGGCUAAAGGACACCAAUGUGCAAGUGCUCAAAGCAAGGCUAGAAGCUUGCAAGUAUAUAACCGAGAACUUUCCUGUAUCUACCACUGCUGCCGACGCUGUCCUUCUGGAUGUCGUCAUAAAACUGGGCGAAGCGUCUUGUUCCUCCAUAUCGGCCGACUGUCUCACAUUGCUGGCCGAUGGCUGUGGCCUGGAGCACGUUGUCAACGAGGGUCUAGGCUUUGCUAUGGACUCGCAGAAGAACCCGAAGGUUCAGUCCGAGAUGUUCCUCUGGAUGACCAAUGCCAUUAAGGAGUUUGGGUUCACUAUGAACGUUAAACCAAUAAUAGCCCACAGCAAGAAAGCCCUAUCCGCAACAAACCCUAACGUUCGGACGGCGACAAUCAAUUUCCUCGGUGUCCUCUCACUAUAUGUCGGUCCUUCACUUCUGAGCCAUUUCGACGGAGAGAAACCAGCCACCAAACAGCUGAUCAACGCUGAGAUAGAUAAAUACGCUAAUAGUACACCACCGACCCCAACAAGACAAGUGGGACGAGUCAGUAAGUCUGCAAGUAAAGGGUCGGUAGGUGAUGAACUAGAGGAUGUGGAAGAGGAUAUCGCUGAUGACGAGCCACCUGUCGUCGAAGACACACGCACGAGAACGGAUAUAGCACCGCUGAUCACUGACACGCUAGUUGGCGAACUUGGUGAUAAAAAUUGGAAGGUCAGAAACGAGGCAUUGGACAAGCUCAAAGCGAUAAUAACCAAUUCGUCCCCAAUUAAAUCGAGUUUGGGUGAACUACCACCAGCGUUGACAGCUAGGCUUCUAGACUCAAACUCCAAGUUGGCUCAGAGCGCCUUGCAGAUCUGUGAAGUAAUCGCGACUGCUAUGGGACCUAAAUGCAAACAGCAUGUGCGGACAUUCUUUCCGGGAUUCUUUCAAGCAUUCGGUGACAGCAAGCAAUGGAUUCGUACAGCGGCAAUAUCCUGCGUUGACGUUUGGUGCGGACAAGCUGGUUACGCGGCUGCAUUUGACGGCGAAAUGGUGUACGACGCUCUGAAAACGGGUUCGCCAGUUUUAAGAGCCUCUCUAUUCCAGUGGAUGUCGGAGAAGCUACCUAAUUUGCCUCCAAAAGCAUUUCCACGCGAAGAACUGACAGUGUGCGUGCCAAUACUAUUCGCGUGUUUGGAAGACCGCGCCGCCGAUGUUCGAAAAGCGUCAGCUGAAUGCGUUCUGCCCUUCAUGCUGCAUCUUGGCUACGAACCAAUGCACAAACAACUGGAUAAACUAAAGCCCGGAUCUAAGUCAGUGGUACAAGCAGCACUUGACAAAGCUCGACCAAAUCUACCCGUUCAGCCAUUGCCGACCAAAGACAAAGGAAAGAGUGAGCCUCGCGGUAUUAAAUCAGCCGGAGCUGCAAAGAAGGAAGCUGAAAAGAAGGGCCCAGUCGUUAAACCAAAGGGAAUUGCAAAACCAGCAUCAGCGGCGGGUCGUGGUAAGAAAGAGGAAGAAGAUUGUACUCCUCUUCUGCCUAACAACAAUGCGAAGAACCAGAGGAUUGUUGAUGAUCAGAAAUUAAAGGUAUUGAAGUGGAACUUUACAACUCCCCGAGAGGAGUUCUUUGAUCUCCUCAAAGAUCAAAUGAACAGUGCAGGAUUGAACAAGCAACUUAUUGCUAACAUGUUCCACAAUGACUUUAGGUAUCAUCUGAAAGCAAUUGAGUCUCUCUCAGAAGACCUCCAUGAAAAUGGUUCUUCCCUGACAGCCAACCUUGAUCUAGUCUUAAAAUGGUUAACACUGAGGUUCUUUGAUACAAACCCAUCUGUCAUUCUAAAGGGUCUGGAGUAUCUUAGUCAAGUGUUCCAAUAUCUUAUAGACAGUGACUAUACAAUGGCUGAAUACGAGGCUAACUGUUUCAUACCCUAUUUGGUUUUGAAGGUUGGAGAUCCAAAGGAUACAGUGCGAAAUGGCGUUAAGGCUCUCUUCAGACAGAUUUGCGUGGUGUAUUCUGUGACAAAACUUUUUGGAUACUUAAUGGAGGGCCUUAAGUCUAAGAACGCGAGGCAACGAGCUGAGUGCUUGGAGUGCAUUAAUCACCUCUUAGAAACCUACGGAUCGACGGUAAUGUCUGGUGGUGGAGGGGGCGCUGCCCUACGAGAGAUGGCGCGACUCAUUGGCGACAGAGACAAUGCAGUGCGCUCGGCUGCGCUUAAUUGCGUCGCCACAGCGUACUUCCUCGAUGGAGAGAAAAUAUAUAAGACUAUUGGACAGAUAUCUGACAAAGAUCUUUCACUGCUAGAAGAGAGGAUCAAACGAGCCGGCAAGACGCGCAGCGCGGAAGUGCGGAGAUCUAUGGUUGUCCCUCUUUCUGCUUGCGGAAGACCCAUACUUCAACAACCGGAGGAGGUUGAAAAUGUAAUCAGCGUUGAAACAACACCUGGAGUUGAUUAUGAAGAGGAAGAACCAGAGGAGCAACUUCCACCGCCUGUCAUUCACCACGAAGAACCACGGGUCGUGACGGGUCCUUUUGGUCUAGACCCGGACCUGAUAGCUCGCUUGGACGCAGCGAAACCGGUUUUGCGGAAGCCGGAAUUGUCCGAUGUUGAUUUAAAAUUUCUGGAUGAUCCUGUCAAAGUGUUGACUACUACGCGUACAAACAGUUCUGUGGUCACCAUGUCCCCACCUCGACCGCAGCCGACUCCCCAUCCACUAGUAUCUGCGCAGACGCCGCUCAGCACAAACACGGUGGACGAUUCGCAGCUCGCGGACACUAUACACUCCGUCGCAAGUCCAGACUUAAAUGCGGCUUUCAGAGCGCUGUCUCUUAUAACAGGGGCAUUAGUUUCCGGCCGCGGUGCAGCGUUUGCUGCGCAUGAGGUUCGACUUAUUUCCGCUUUCAGUACUCAACUGAGGCGCUUGCGCACUUCGCCACCAUCAGAAAACACGAUGCCAGCUUACAAAUGUUUGGCGCGUGCACUUACUACGUUUUAUGGCACAUCGGGUUGCGGGUUACACAUAACGGAAAGUGCGCUGCGGUCGCUGCUCGGCGAAUUGUUACUAGUUCUGACUGGUGGACCCGGUGGAGCUGGCAACUCCUGGCCCGGUUCAGAGGGCGAGCGGCUAGUGCGCAUAUUGAAUAAUCUAUGCGUGUGCGUACUAGAACACUCACCGCGUACGACAUUGCUUUGUGCCAUCUUAUCGCUCCUACAUGACACGAUAACGGAAUCAGAUCCGGCAUAUCCACGUUAUCAGGACCUGAUGCUUAAAUGCUUUUGGAAAAUCCUCAAAAUGAUACCUUCCUGGGAAGUGAACUCAAUUGACUACGAUGCGGUACUGUACAAGAUUCAUUUGUUCUACAAAGCGUACCCUAACAGCUAUUGGAAGAAGAAUGCGCAAGUCAAUGACACUCCAUAUAGAACAGUGAAAACACUCGUACACACCUUGGUUAAGGUUAAGGGCGCCUCCAUCAUGAACCACUUAACUCAAAUACCAGAUGUCAACGACUCGGACUUAUAUCCUUACUUGCAUAAAGUGUUGAAGCAAUUAAAUCUCGAUGACAAAAAGGAAAAGCCAUCAGACAUCGUGAACGGCGGCCUACAAACCAUGGGAGUUGGAGUGAAUGUUGGCAACACUGCUCUAAACGCAGGGAGGUUGCCUCGAUCCGUACACGAAGAGCUCGGGCUCAUAUUGAAGAGAAUCGGUUCUAAGGAGCACAAUAAGGAAGCACUAUCUCAGUUAUAUGAUUUGCGGGAGCGCCACCCCGACGUAGAUAUCUGGACAUUUAUGGCUGGCUCAUCUUUCUACUUCCGCAACUACGUCGAGUGCGGCUUGCGAGAAGUGGAAGAACAGAGAAAGAUGCGCACACACAACAUUUAUAAACCCGACAUUAAGCCGGAACAUAUUGACGUAAGCAAUGAAAACGAUGAAAAAUCCCACGUAGACUUCUUAGAGAGGCUUCGAGCGUUGCAGAUGAAAGCUGGCUUAAAAGUGGACUCAAACCCAUCAUCCCAACCUCGAACACCAGUCAAUGAUAAUCGGGUUCUGGCUGAUUCGAUCAAUGAUAAUACCUUGCCAAGGACACACAGUAUUGACCCGCAACUAGAGCUACAUUCAACUCAGUCCGCCUCACAGAAGAACGAAGCUGCGGUUGACGCGCUACGACUCAAACUGCAACAAAUCAAAAGCUCCUCUAAGAGAUAA